AGAUUAUUCCCAACCUGAUCUCCACAGCAGCACCAAUUCACCCCCGGCAAUAUUUGAAAAACAUCUAAAAAGACUGUUUCUCGGCCAGUUGACCCAAACACAAUGUGUGUUAACGACAGUAACUCUUUGGUGGAUGCGGAGGAUGUGUCGAGGGAUGAGAGUCUGGCCAAGCUGGAGAUCGCGCUGCUCAGUGCCAUCUUCAUCAGCGCCGCCAUCCUCAACACCUCCCUGCUGCUCGUCCUCUGGAGACAGCGCAAACAGAUGUCCAGGAUGCGCGUCUUCGUCUUCCACCUGUGCCUGGCGGAUCUGGUGGUCGCCUUCUUCCAGGUGUGUCCGCAGCUCAUGUGGGACAUCACAGACAGAUUCGUGGGACCGGACCUGGUGUGCCGCCUGGUGAAGUACCUCCAAGUUCUCGGCAUGUUCUCAUCCACAUACAUGAUCGUGGUGAUGACAGUGGACAGGUACCAAGCUGUCUGCAACCCGAUGGUGAAGUUCCAGCGGACGAGCACAAGGCUCAACAUCCCCGUGUGCGUGGCGUGGGGGAUUUCUCUGCUGGGCAGCUUGCCACAGAUUUUUAUUUUCUCACAGGUUGAGGUGGCGCCAGGUGUGUUUGACUGCUGGGCCAACUUUAUCCAACCGUGGGGGCUGCAGACCUACGUCACCUGGACCACUCUGGUCAUUUUUGUUUUACCCGUCAUUGUGGUUGCUUUUUGUCAAAUGCGCAUCUGCCGAGCCAUCCAGAUCAACCUGUACCAAAAGACCAAACAGCAGAGCAACGCUGGUCUCCCUGUGCCAUCCAGAGCCAGCGGUGUGGCCGGGAUGUCCAAAGCCAGGGUGAAGACGCUGAAGAUGACGGUGGUUAUCGUGUUGGCGUAUAUCGUCUGCUGGGCGCCCUUCUUCACUGUCCAGCUUUGGUCCGCCUGGGACACAAACGCGCCAAAAGAAACUGCGACCUUCACCAUCCUGAUGUUGCUGGCCAGUCUGAACAGCUGCGCAAAUCCCUGCAUCUACCUCCUGUUCAGCGGCCAGUUUCCCAAGAGGCUGGUGACGCUCCUGUGCCGUCGGCUGUCUGACGGGAAGAAUUCAAUACACGAAGAGGCAACGCAGGUCAGCACUUUGUACAUGAGCUUCAAAAAUGUCUCUGAGUCCAAAUGAAGGCAACGCCUCACAAUGUGGAAACGUGAAAAGGCUGUGGGUACGCCUGGCGCAGCAGCCUGUGAGCGCUCUGUGCAUGUGAAUGACUGUUUGUUCUGAACAGGAAACAUGGAGAUAAGACGUACUGUAACGUGAAAAUAUGGUAUGCCAUGGAAGCGUUAAAAGAAAUCCUGACAUGGGUGAGCAUGAGGCAGAGCUGCGCUCCAGAUGUUAUCAGAUGUUGACGGAUGACAGACGCAGGUGGUGCUUUGUUGGACUGUAGGGCCAGUGCUUUUUGGGAAAGAGAAGAAUCAGUGUAUGGACUCUGUACAGAACUGAUCAUGUUAUGACUGUGACAGCUUUGAUGAUAAAUAAAAAAAUAUUUCAUUUAAUGAGCCUAGAAGCUGCUGCCUUCAAGAACACUUUUCAGACAGAUUCAUGGAUUGAAAAUCAUGCUGGUGAGGAUGAAGAGGAACAUAAGAACCCACAAUACAACUGCAGCUGCAUAGUAGAUUUGAGGUGGGACAAAGGGGACAUGUCCCCCUGCAACAGAACCUGUUGAUUUGUUGUACUUUUAUUUCUAACAAAAUUAAUUUACACCAUGAACUGAUGCAGAAAAUGAACAAACUGGGGCAGAAAAUCACUAGAAUGCAACAAAUUCAGUGUUUGGUGCUCAAAAUUUUCUGACAGACGACCCCAAAACACCCUCUUACAAAUGGGUCCUCCAAAUGUUGAAAUAAAACCUGCACCCUUGUGCAGUUGUAUUGCUAUUUUGUGAAGCGGAAAACUGCAAAAUUCACAAAAAUAUUCAACAAUAUUAUACUACAAUCCCUUGAGUUAAGCUCAGAGAUCUUACAUGAUGAUAUAUACACUAUUUUCCAAAGGGUAAGCUAUCACAUGGAGCGAAGGCAAGAACAAUUGUGUUUUCAUGAAGAUACAAACACGUUGUUUAAAUCAUGAAAUGCAAUUUGUGCCUGCCUCCAAAAAUCAAAACAAAUCAAAAACUGUUGUAACAUAAAUGUAUAUAAAGAUUGUGAAACAAAUCUGUCACGUCUAUAAAUGUUCUGUGUGGUGAAUAACUGUUGUAAAAUCACACACUGACUGUGUUUGUAAAAUAUUGUUCAGGCUGUAACCAACUACAGACAACUCGUGUAGAAUAAAGUCAUAUUCUCACAA